AUGUCUUCCCUUCGCAAUAACGACACCAUAAAAAAUGAGAAAAUAUACGAAAAAGAUGUGGCUAACGGAGUAACAUAUGCUCCCAGCGAUGUUGAUUCCUGCAUCGUCAAAGAUUGGGACGAAGAGGAAGGCCCGAUCCGUCGAAAAAUUGAUCUGAUCCUCCUUCCAGUCCUUGGACUCGCAUUUUUUUCGCUACAGAUGGACCGUGGGAAUAUCAGCGCUGCCCUGACGUCAACCAUCACCGACGACCUAGGAAUCACCACCAACGACGUCAACAUUGGAACACAACUGCUUUCCGCGGGCAUUGUCAUCACUGAGAUCCCUUCAAAUAUUGUCCUACAGAGAAUUGGACCGCAGAAGUGGCUGUCUGCGCAGCUAUUUGCUUGGGGCCUGGUCGCUACUUUCCAAUCUUUUGUGCAGUCCUAUCCGGCCUAUCUAGCGACCCGAUUUCUCCUUGGGUUGCUGGAGGGAGGUUUUAUCCCUGGCGCUCUAUACUAUCUCUCGACAUGGUACAAAAGAGAAGAGACCAGCUUCCGAACCACAUUGUUUUUCUUUGGUCAGAUGUUCGCUGGGGCGACAUCAAGUCUCAUAUCAGCUGGGCUUUUGAAACUUGAAGGAAUAGGCGGGCUGGCUGGCUGGCGAUGGAUCUUUCUUAUCGAAGGACUCAUCACGAUCUUCGCGGCAAUCCUCUUUACCCUUCUCGUACCACCCAAGGCUGGUAACGGUAGUCCUCUCAUCAGCUUCGGUCGCUGGAGCUACUUCAACGAACGUGAAUCACAUAUAAUUUGUAAUCGCGUCCUUCUCGACGAUCCCCGUAAGGCCUUGGGACAUGUUAAAAUCAGCGGAUCGGAUAUUUGGAAAACAGUCACCCAGCCUCACACUCUACAGCACUUUUUCAUUACAUUAGUGGCCAUGUCUGGAUUUCAGGGCUUGACUCAGUAUACCCCGAGUAUGAUCAAAUCGUUCGGCUUCAAUGCCGUUCAGGCCAAUGCUCUAGCAUCCGUACCCAUCUAUGCCAGUAUGGUAUGGACUUUGGGGCUAUCAUAUUUCGCUGAUAAAUUGGGACACCGCGGCCCCUUUGUUCUACUCGCGAUAACAUGGAAUGUUAUUUCGUACACCUGCCUUCGAACAAGUCCAUUCGACUCCUCGACCUGGCACAAAUAUGCUGUUAUUGCAAUCGCAAACGUAUCCUACUGUAGCAUGCAGUAUGUUUCAUCUUUCCCAUUCAAUCAAAUUAUACUAACGGACAGUAGCAUCCUUAAUGUUGGAUGGCUCUCAGUAUACUGCAAGUCGCCCCAGGAGCGAAGUGUAUCUAUGGCGUUGAUCGUCAUGGCCGCCAACUGUGCUGGUAUCUCUGGCUCACAGGUCUUCCGCACGUCGGACAAACCGCGAUACUUGCAUGGCCUGACCGCAAUCUGCGCGCUGGCUGCUGCCUCAUGGGUGCUGUGUGCUAUUCUGAAUUCGCACUAUUUCUUACUCCGAAGGAAGAAUCAGAAGCAGGAUGGUUCGGAAGGUACAAAGGUUUAAUCUAACGUGAUAUAUUAAUAAUUCGGGAAUAUUUUGAGAAUAACG